AGUCUAUGGGAAAAGGAAAAGGGCCAAACUAACCGACUUUGCACCCAAAAUUCGUAGAGAGAGAGAUAACGCGUUUUCCCUCCCUUCGCUUCCUCCCUUUCUCUCUCAUCCUCUUUUUCCUUUCCCUUUUCCUUUUUUUCUUUUCUUUGUGGGGGAAUGCACUGACAGUUUGCCCUUUCUCCAUACACACACAAAGGCGGAGUCAACAUUGAAGAAAGUAAUUCCUCCAUCAUUCUCUCUCUAGAAACGAGCUUAGAAGCAAGGAGACGAUGAAGAAGAAGCUACCCAUGCGGAUCCAAUCGCCGCCGCCUUCUCUGCCGUCAUCGCCAUUAUCGUCACCCAACGACGGCGUCGUUUUGGAGGACUUGAUGGGCCCCUCGCUCCCCACCGAUCUGAUCAUCAACAUCCUCUUAAGGCUGCCGGUGAUGUCUCUGGGUAAGUUCAAAUGUGUUUCCAAGGAAUGGCUUCAAUUAAUCACAGACCCACACUUCAUCUCCACUCACAGGGAGCUCUCUCUUACCAACCCGAACAUAGUGUUAGUGAAAAAGGUUCCUUUUUUAGAGGAGCCCCUCAUGAGAAAAUGCACCAGGGUUGAUGUUUGUGCCCUAAGCUUUGAUGGGCUCUGCAAGAAUCUUGACUUCUCUUUGUAUUUAAACGAUGAUGAGAAGAAUAUUGAGAUGUUGCCUUCCAAGUGGGAUCUCAUUUGCUUUGUGAGUGAGAGUGGGUUUUAUGCUUGUAACCCUAGUACACAGGUGAUGAUGAAAUUGCCCGAGGCCAGUUGUUGCACCUCGGGCGAGGUGAAUGCCGGGAUGGGGUAUGUUAAAGAGAGGGAUGAGUAUGUGUUGGUGCAUUUGUUUGAUAGAAGCUUGGACAUACAUGUGGAUUAUGACAUUGGGUGUGAAGUGUUGAGAUUGAGAGACGGGGCGGAGUGCUCAUGGAAGGUGGUGGAUGCGAAUUGUCCGUUUGUUGUUCGUGGUUGGGGAGUGUUGGUGGAGAAUGUGUUCUAUUGGAUGAUUUGGGAUGAGUACAAUCAGCCGGGGGAUGAGGCCAUCGUGUCGUUUGAUUUGGGAAAAGAGGAGUUUGGAACUGUGUCUCCUCCUGAGGGCUGUUUUGACCCCAAUGGCGCCUGGUCUCUGGUGGAGCUAGGAGGGAGAUUAUGUUUGGUAGACAAUGUGACACGGCCUAUGACUAUGGAUAUAUGGGUCUUGAAGGAUAUUGAGAAUCACAAGUGGGUUCGGGAGUAUAGUAUUCAGAUGAAUGGGUAUACUAAUGACAUGCUCAGCUUCAUUGUUCCAUUGGAUUUCCAAGACGGGAAGAUUGUGAUGGAUGCCAAGCAAGAGAGUCUUGACUACUACGAUGUCAAGAAGAAGCACAUCAAAAGGAUGGACCAUCUGAUUGCAGGAGACUGGAACUGGCUUCGUCUUUACUCUGAGAGCUUCUUUUCCUUGAGAAUCAAAUAGAUAUUUGAUGCUUGAUGCCAAAUAUUAGUGGCACAUGCACUUCAUUUGUUGUCUAUAAUCAUGAUUGUUUUCUUGUUUCCUGAUAUUGUCUGCUUCCAAAUUCAAUCCAAAUCAUUAGGGUUUUUUGUUUGUUGAGUUUUCAAAGGGCAACCAGACUAUAAUAGUCUUCAAAUGCUUAUUUCUCAUAUCUUUGUUUGGACAAUUGUUCUUCUGGUCUUUGAUAGCCAAGUUGUUCUGCUUUGAGGGUGAUUAGUUGUUGUAUGAUUUUGGAAAGACAUUGUAUUUGAAUGGAAUUGUUAUAAUUCUUCUUUCUUCA